GACGGCCUACUUGAUCAAAUCUGAUCCAAUGGCUCCACACAUUUCUUGGGUCUCAUGCUGACCAGUGUUCUGUACAUGAGCAGGCCAAAUGGGCGUGACUACUCUGGCAAGCGGUCUACGGAUCGCCAACUUCGGCGGGAUCUUCGAUGUCGCUACCUUUGCUGAGCGACCAGAGGGUAGCGAUGGGCACGAAAGCGCAAGCUUCACUCUCGCUGAACUGAAUGACUUCAUCAAGAAGCUUUCGACGGCUAAGCCUGCCAGCACGCUCGAUCAGGCACCUGCACCACUACCAAUAGACAUCCUACUGACCCAUUCCGCGCCUCAUCCGAUAUGCUGCGGUAGCAAGACUUUGCCCAAGAUAGAACAACCCCUCAAUUGGGGCGUGCCAGCCAUUGCCGAACUCACUGCAGUCGCAAAGCCUCGGUAUCACCUUGCCAGCGAUCAGCCUGUCUUCUGGGAGAGAGAGCCUUACACAUGGCCGGACAGCCCGAACAGAACGACCCGUUUCCUCAGUCUGGGCGCGUUUGCUGGCAUGACGAAGGAGAGAUCAUUCUAUGCCUUCAACAUUGCACUGCCAGAAGAUCACCUUGCUUCUUCAAAAGUGAAUGCAACAGCAUGUCCUUUCAAAUCCGCAGGAAUACGGUCUGCCAAAAGAACGGCAGAAUCGAUCGAGAAUUUCAUCUUUGCGGACCCUGGCAAGCGUCAGAAGCGUCAAGAUGACAGACCGAUUCCGUCCGAUUAUAUUUGCAAAAUUUGUGAAAGAUCAGGUCAUCGAAUUCAGGAUUGCCCAGAGAAACCAGAGCGCAAACCACGGCAAGACGGCCAGUUGAGGAUAGGGCCCGAUUCGUGCUGGUUUUGUCUGAGCAAUCCUGCGCUGUCGAAGCAUUUAUUAGUGUCCAUCGGCGACGAGACAUACAUCGCCCUUCCCAAAGGUCAGCUGUUGCCAACAAGUGGCGAGAGCCCGUCCGCUAUACCAGGAGGUGGUCAUGUCCUGAUAAUACCCAUAGCACAUUAUCCCUCGCUGAGUUCUAUACCCGAGACGCUGUCCGCUGCAGUCGUGCAAGAGAUCAGAAAAGCGAAAGUCGCAUUGAAAGAGCUCUAUCUACAGUACAGCUGUCAACCAGUCACUUUCGAGAUCGUUCGCUCUGGCGGGCGCGGUGUACAUGCGCACAUUCAGGUUAUCCCCGUUCCCGCCGCACUCGCGGCUAGAAUUGAAGGCGCAUUCAUGGCAGAGGCCGGAACAGACGGCGUCACCAUCGAAAUAGCGACUCCCGAAAUUCUCGCCACACUGUCAAAUGACUACUUCAAAGUUGAGCUGCCCGACGGGCGCUCCUUGGUGGUCAUAUUGAGCAAAGGCAAGCCUUUCAAUCUGCAAUUCGGUCGUGCAGCUUUGUCCAAGCUGCUCGGCAUGCCUGACCGCAUCGACUGGAAAGUGUGUUCCCAGACCGAUCAGAAGGAUGAAGAAGACACCCUGGCUUUCAAGGCAGUGUUUUCAGCAUUUGACCCUUAUUGAAGCUCCUCAUCUAUGCAUGCGCGCCAAGAGACGAAAAUUAUCAUUCAGUCGUGCCCUUAGCGCGCAGCAGUUUCUGGUAAGUGUAAAACUCGUCUUCGCCCCACCAUUCUUGGGGCUCCAGACGAGGAUCCAGCGGCUCAUCGUCCGAGAAAACCUCGGUAGGUUUGUGCUUUGGCUGUGCUGUCGGCAACGCUUUUCGAUUGACGACCGGUUUAAGGUUGCGAUGAAGUGCUGGCAGACGCGUGUUACGAGAGAGCCCUGGAUUUUUGACGCCCGUCGAUUUGGUUGAGAGGAUUGCAGCAAGACCUGCUCGUCUGUCAACCUGGCGGGGCGAAGACAGGAUGUAGAGUGCAGACCUUUCUGCUUAGAUGUAGGCAAA